GGCUACACAUCCUUCUGGAACGACUGCAUCUCCUCGGGCCUGCGCGGCGGCAUCCUCCUCGAGCUGGCGUUCCGCGGCCGCAUCCGCCUGGAGCCGCCCUCCCUGAGGAAGAAGAGGCUGCUGGAGAGGAAGGUGCUCCUGAAGUCGGAUGCGCCCACUGGGGACGUUCUGCUGGACGAGACCCUGCGGCACAUCAAGGCCACGGAGGCUGCAGAAACGGUGCAGACCUAAAAAAACUGCUCCCGGGUCCCUUCUGCCGCAGGGGAGACCUGGAACCCCUUCAAGCUGCAGUACCAGCUGCGGAACGUGCGCGAGCGCGUGGCCAAGGCGCUGGUGGAGAAGGGCAUCCUCACCACGGAGAAGCAGAACUUCCUGCUCUUCGACAUGACCACGCACCCCGUCAGCAACGGCACCGAGAA